AGCAAUUUGAAAAAUUCUUUUGAAUGCUUAAUACGACGUUAGCAUAAGCUGUUCAAAACAUCAUUGUAUUUAAAAAGCAAAAUAGUAAUUGUUAAGUGAAUGAUAAUAUGAACUGCUAAACCGUUGAUUAUUUGGUUGUCGGAAAAAACGACCUAAAACAUACAUGUAGGAACGUAAAAAACGAACGUUACAUGAAAUUGGUUGUAAUUAAGUUGUUGGGGUUAUAUAACUUAUAAUUUAGGAAAUGAAAAGUAAUUUUGUUGAAAAAGUAUGGUGUUGUGCUCCAGUCCAGUGCGCGGCAGUGGGUGUGAUCUACAAGGUUGUUGUGUGAUGUCCACAGUAGGAGACCGAAAAUUGACAGUGUUGGUCAAGCGUAUAUCAGAAUGACCAAUGAGACACCUAGCGGAGAAAGCGGCGAGAAGAAAAAAGAAGAAGACAUAAUAGAGAAAUGUAUAGGUCCUUUUGGACGAUGGCAGAUAUGGGUGUGUUGUUUGGCAGGGAUUGCAAAGUUUCCCACCUCCUGGCAUAUGAUGAGCAUCAUAUUCUUGGCGCCACCCAUCAAAACCUCUUGCGUGGACAGCAAUGUUACGGAUCUGUGCUCGAAUGAAUGUCCUGGGAUAGAGUAUGAUACAACUAUUUUCUCGUCUACCAUCACAACAGAGUGGCAUCUAGUUUGUGAUAAGAAGUAUUUGGUGAGCGUGUCUCAGUCAGUACUGAUGCUUGGCAUAUUGCUUGGUAGCGUGCUGUUUGGAUAUCUUUCUGACAGAUUUGGUCGUCAUAAACCAAUGGUGUUCGCUAUAGCUCUGCAGUCAAUGGCAGGUCUUGUAGCAGCUUUUUCUCCAUGGUUCUUUUUGUUCGUAAUCAUGAGAUUUUUAGCUGCAGUAGCAACGGCUGGUACUUUGCUAAUUAGCUUCGUGUUGCUUAUGGAAGUUGUAGGAACGAAAUACAGGAUGAUACUAGGCUGUCUCAGUCAUAUACCAUACUUUGUAGGCCAUGCAUCUAUGGUAGCUAUAAGUUAUUCCCUGCGAGACUGGAGAGAAUUUCAAAUAGCCAUAUCCGCGCCCACUAUCAUCCUCCUAGUCUAUUUCUGGAUCCUACCUGAGUCACCCAGAUGGCAGCUUUCAGUGGGCAAAAAAGAACAAGCAAUUUAUACCCUCCAAAAAGCGGCAGCAUAUAAUAAACUGCCAGUUGAAAAUAUCGAGCGUGACGUCACAGCCGAUUUGCAAAAACGCACAGUAAAUAAUGUUGAGAAAAAGAAAGGGAAUCUGUUGGAUUUGGUCAAGACAAGGAUUAUUCUUACGUAUACAUUAUUGAUGUGUGUUUGUUGGUUGGUGUCCGGGUUUUGCUACUAUGGAGCAAACCAAUACGUAGGUCAACUUGGAGGUGACAUCUUUCUGAAUGUUGCUCUGUCAGCGUUAAUCCAACUUCCUAGCAACUUUUUCGCUUGCUGGUCGGCGACUGUAUGGGGAAGGAGAAAGACUUUAAUGUUUGCUUACACAAUAGCUUCAAUGGCUUUAGGAGGAAUGAGUUUCCUUCCGAAAGACCCCUCGUGGCUGAAACCAGCGUUUGCCUGCCUGGGCAUAUUCGGCAUCACCCUCAGUUUCGUCACCAUCUACACCUACUCAAUAGAACUGUUUCCCACUUUCAUUCGCAAUGCCGGAAUGGGCGUAACGUCGAUGUUCGCCAGAGUGGGGUCAAUGUUGGCCCCCUUCGCAGCAACUUGGGGAGGAGGGGCCGACAAUUGGUUGCCUCCAACUAUAUUUUCUGUGGCCUGUACUGUGGCUUCUUUGGUGUGCUUAAAGCUACCGGAAACUCUUGGGAAGGAUCUGCCUGAGACUGUGGAGGAUACCGAAAGGCUCGAGAUGAAGAAGAUAAAGAAAUGAUAUUCUAGAUUGUAUUUGCUUAUGUUAUGUGCUUUAGCCUCUAUGUGGGUAUGAAUUACGAUUUAUAAGAGUAAUAAGAUAUUUUUGGAACAAGCAACAAGUAACGUUAUAGCGGUUAGAUACUGCUAUAUGGUUAGAAAAGAUUAUGACUUUGUAAGCUUGUAAAUUUUAUAAUUCAAUAUUUUUAUUGAAAUAUAUAAUGACCUUGAACUUUUAUUGUCUUGAAUGUGUUUCGAUACUGGCAUGUCACUAUUUUCCGUCGGUCUGUCUGCUAAUCUUUGACCUCUCUAUAACUUGGGAAGCACUGCGCGGAUUAUGAUGAAAUUUUGACACAAAGUUGCUUCUUUUAUUCGUCAUUGUCUGUCAGAGCGGUGUCUGGGAAAUUUGCUCUUGAUUGAAGUAAUGUAGCUCAGUAGGUCUGUGAGGUCUGGUUGCCCAGAUACCAGACAACGUCAGAGAGAAAGAAGGGAAGAUGAAAGGAAGUAAGGGGAAGAGCAAAGAGGAGGAAGUGCGUCUGUUUGUAUGUGUGUAAAAACUGUAAUCUUGGUUGUGCCUAAAAUUGCACGAUUUAGUUCUGUUCACAGUGCGAACCGUGACCUUGUGUGCUUGCGAACUGGCUCGACUGUGUAGUCUACUGACUCACGCGAUUCUGCUUGACUAAAACUUAGCUGCGGCUGUUGUUUGGUGUAGUCCUUUAGGUAAGGAAUGCCGAGCUCUCUGUGAAGUAUCUCGUUGGGGACCCACCAUGGGGCGUUAGUGACUGCUGUUCUGCAGAACCUGCAGACUAUGAAUAUGCGUUUUGGCGAUGAAACACUAUGCUGCACGUAAGUGAUUGCUGGAAUAAUAACCGUCUUGUAUAGCGGAACUUUGUUGAUCAAACUUAAUUUUGAGGUUCUGCAUAGAAUAGGGUGGAGUUGCCGAAACGUAAUUUGGAAUUUGGUUUUAACGCUUCAGUGUGCUUCUGCCAAGUCAUCUCCUUGUCAAGAGUAACAUCAGGAUAUUUGAAAGAAUCUUCCCAUGGUACGGACUCCAUAUACUGAAACCUCAGACGGUGCGCCGCAUAGUUUUUCGCAGAGAUGUGUUUUCGAGUGAUUCAUUUUCAUCACCAAUCACCAGAAUAUACAAUAGACUUCACAAUCGCUGGGAAAAAGACGUCAUAAGUGAAAAGUGAAUACAAGAUUGGUCCGAGAACCGAACCCUAAGGAGCAUCGGCUCUGAUGGGCUUUAUUAACUUUGAUCCGAAAUUUGCUACCUUUAAAAAAGGAUUUAAAAAGUUUGAAGAGCCAAGACUCAAGGUUAAUUACUAUAUUAGAAACGAAAACGGUUUUAGUUAGAAGUUUUUGAAAAUCGAGCCAGUGGUCGAGGAGAAAGGAAAAAAUAAAUAUAUAAAAAUCGCUCAGCGGUUUUUUAUUGUCUUAGAGGCUGCUGCCCUUUUUACAAAUCAUUUAUGUGCACGUAAAUGCUGUUUUGUGCCCGUUUACACCGUGUGAUAAGCGUGGCCAGGCCUACGGGGUAUGCAUACAAGCACUUGGCUGCCUAGAGUGUAAACUUGGCCAGUGAAGCUGUUUUAAUAAAUUUGUAACCUGUGGCUCGUAGGCCCUAAGAGGAACAACCUAUUUCGCUUAUGGUUAACUUUAUUCUGUUUAAUCUUUGUUGUUAGGUUUUGCAUGGUAGUCAUUCCUUUGCUUACGGUAACAUUUCCGUUAACCUACGAGGGUUGUCCCUAAGAUAUGAUUUCGAACGCUGUGGGUGCUUGAUAUAAUAAAUGUUACAAUCAUUCUAUUGCCAACUAUUUAUGAGAAGAUAAUUAUGGAAAUGUAGUAAGAUGCACCCCACGUUUUUACUCUAAAUUGGAUUAUUCUGGUAAUUUAUUAUAAUUUUAUUUUGAGGUCAUUAAUUAUGAUUUAUUGUUCGACCAUCUAUUACUGUAAUAUAAACUCUUAGAAAUUAAAAA